CCUGGACACAAACCAGAGAAACCCCUCCCCCGCUUCGACAAAAUCAAGCAGCAGGACCUCAAAACCGUCACGGACCCCGCAGCUUGUUCCCUGACUUCUUUCUAGCUCCUCGCUGUGGUCCUGUUUAUCCCCUCGGACACACUUGAUUUUAUUUAUUUUGACGACACUCGGUCGAGUAUAGCUGGUCAAGAUGGCGACCGAAACCCAGGCAAUCGACUAUUCCCUCAACAACCCCGACACCCUCACCAAGUACAAGACGGCCGCCCAGAUUUCCGAGAAGGUCCUGGCCGAGGUGUCCAAGCUCUGCGUCGCUGGUAGCAAGAUCGUCGACCUCUGCGAGAAGGGAGACAAGCUCAUCGAGGAGGAACUUGCCAAGGUUUACCGUGGCAAGAAGAUCACCAAGGGCUUCGCGCACCCCACCACCGUCUCCCCUGCCGCUUUCGUCACUCCUUACACUCCGCUCAGGUCGGACGAGAAGGAAGCCGAAGUCGAGCUUCAGGCCGGCGAGCCCGUCAAGAUCCAGCUGGGCGCCCAAAUCGAUGGCUUCGGCUCCAUUGUGUGCGACACGGUUCUGGCAAAGAAGGCCGACGAGGAUCAGGAUGUCGUCGAGGGUCGGUCGGCCGACCUGCUUCUAGCCACUCACUAUGCCAACGAACUCCUUCUCCGAUUGAUGGUCCCCCCCGGUCUCCUAGCCCAAGGCACCGACGAGGAGAAAGCGAAGGCGGCCGCCGCCAAGGCCCCGUCGCAGUCCAAAAUCACCAGUCUCCUAGAGAAGGUCACCGAGGCCUACGAGUGCAACAUUGUCGAGAGCACCACUUCGUGGCUGUUUGACCGGAACGAGAUCGAGGGCAGCAAGAAGAUCGUCAUUUCCCCCGGCGAGGGCACCAAGGGCGAGGGCGUUCCCGCCAUUGGCGAGGCCUGGGGUGUCGAGAUGGGCGUGAGUCUUGGGUCGGGCAAGGUCAAGCAGUUCGAACAGCGAACCACCCUCCAUCGCCGCACCGCCAACACGUAUGCCCUGAAGCGGCCUACGUCACGGAAGAUCCUCUCCGAGGUGCAGAAGAAGUUCGGUACCUUCCCGUUCAGCCUGCGGCAACUCGAGGACGAGCGCGACGCCAAGUCUGGUGUCAUUGAGUGCGUGCGUGGCAAUAUCUUCCGCCAGUAUGAGGUUACGGGCGACAAGGACAACUCCCCCGUUGCCCGGCUUCUGACCACCCUCGCCAUUACCAAGAACGGCAUCACCAAGCUGGGUGCCCCGCCCGCCUUGGACGUGAGCAAGGUCAAGUCGGACAAGAAGAUUACGGACGAGGAGGUCCUCAAGAUUCUAGAGCAGCCCCUGGCUCGGAAUACGGGCAAGAACAAGAACAAGAAGAAGAAGAAGAAGCCGGCCAAGAAGGCGGCGGCGAAGGAGGACGAAGAUGACGAGGAAGAGGAGAGCGACGAGGAGUAGGAGUCGAACGGAAUUUGAACAGGGAACGAUCUGGGGCCGAUUCGCACUUCCACCUAACAUGGCCUUAGUCUUGCCUUUCAGUUUCUGCCUCAACAGUUGCUCAGGUUGUGGUAUCCGUUUCCAGUCUCCGGCCAACCGAUGAGCGAAAUCGAUCACAAUCCAUGAUGACGCAGAGACACUGGGGGUUCAGGCAGGGAUGGUCCACUACGUGCAGUCGCCCGCAUCAUCAGCUUAUCCCUCCAUCUUAGCCCGAAACCAACAUGAUCACAACGCAAUCCUGCCUGCGGGAGGGGAAGACGAAAUUAUAAAUUUUCGAUCAAGGCAAAAUUGUUGAGAAAAUGGCACUGCCCUAGUUCUUGUGACCUGUGAACGUGCUUGCUCUCUCGGCCUGGGGAUCUCGAUUUCAGGAGUGCGCGACAGAAAGCCCAACACAGGCUUUUUUUAUUGUUCACGAGGAACACGCCUAGUAUAAAUCGAGGGUAGCC